AUGGAAUCUGAGUUCAUAGCUUUAGAUAAGGCAGCUAUCUCAAGAGCUCAAAAUUCAUCAUACAAUGGAAAGUCUAGACAUAUUCGUAGGAGGCACAAUACUGUGCGUCAGCUGCUUAAGGAUGGAAUUAUAGCUAUUGACUAUGUGAAGUCAAGUCCUGUUACCAUCUUUUGGGACAUUGAGAAAUGUCCCGUGCCAAGAAAUGUCAGGCCAAAGGAUAUUGUUGGUAACAUUAGGAAGGGUUUACUAUCCCAUCCUACAAUCAAUGGACCAGUGAUCGUUCUUUCGAUAUAUGAAGAUUUUAAUACAAUUCUGAGGCAAAUAAGAGAAGGGUGUCACAUGAUCGGUAUCAAACUUGUAGACGUGCCCAAUGGGAGGAAGGAUGUUGUCGACAAAACAAUUUUGGUAGAUAUGUUCCUCUUUGCUUUGGACAAUCAUGAACCCUCAUCUAUCAUAUUGAUCUCGGGAAACGUAGAUUUUGCUCAUGCACUUCAUAUUUUAGGGCAACAUGGAUACACAAUUAUCGUUAUGAUUCCAUCUUGGGUGAAAGUUUCAUCCUCUCUGAAGAAUGCAAGUAGCUAUCUAUGGGAUUGGUGUAGCAUGACCCGUGGGAAAGGGUUUGUGCACAGGGAUAAGAGAGCAAUACCUCAUUCAAGUGAAGAAGAAAAAGUAACGUGUACACCAGGUGCUUCCAGUGAGCAUAAGGAGUUGACCACCCAUGUACAGACCCCAAGAGGUCUAAGUGAUUUAAAAGGACAAAUUGUUAAGUUGUUAAAAUUGUUGGGGGGGAAGUUUAUCUCUAUUUAA